UAUCCAGUGGCUCAUUAUCCAAUGAUCUCACUUUACUACAAAAGAAGAAUUAUCUAACCUCAAACAUUUCAAAAUAUAACCUAUAAAAAUUUUGAUUUUAUUUUAGUAAACACAUGAAAAUACAUACAGAAUGAAAACGUUUGAAAUUGUUGCUGGUACAUACGAAGAGUUUUUAAUAGGAUAUGAGUUUUUUGAAAAAGACUCACAGCUGGUUCAAAGCUUUGCUUCUCAUGAUCACAGUGCUAGUAUACGUUCCCUAACCAGGUGUGACCACUAUGUCGCUUCAGGAGGUGCAGAUGAUCGUAUAAUUAUAUAUGACUUUAGAAUGCGAAAAGAACAUUGCAUGUUAUCACAUCAUAGUUCUACAGUUACAUGUUUAGAUUUUACUCCUAACCAUUCGCACAUACUUUCGGGCAGUCAAGAUGGGUUGUUAGCCAUCACACGAGUAGGCAAUUGGCAGGUUGAAAAACUAUGGGACAAAGCUCACAAAGGCUCAGCAAUAAUAGACAUUGCAGUACACCCAACUGGAAAGUUGGCUUUGACUUUAGGAGAUGAUUGUACAUUAAGAACAUGGAAUUUGGUAAAAGGGCGUCAAGCUUACGCAGUCAACUUAAAAAGCAAAAGUAAAGAUCCAAAAAGUAUAUUUAAAAUAUGCUGGGCUGCUGAUGGAGUUAGGUUUAUACUUUAUGGUGGAAAAUACACAGAAAUAUGGGGCACUGAAUCUGGAGGUAUACUCCAAGUGAUAGAACACGAUGUUAAAGUUAGCAGUUGUAUUUGGUAUUCAGACAAAAAAAUACUAGUUGGUUAUGAAGAUGGAAAUAUAAGUUUAGUUAAAUUAUCUUCAUUGAAAAAGACUACAAAUAAAGUCCAUAAAGACAGAGUUAAAGUUUUAGCUAAAUUUGAAGAUUGGAUCAUAUCGGGUUCAAGCAGUGGUGAAAUAAAAGUCUGUAAUAAAGCUCUGGAAGAAGUUAGUAAAAUAACUGCCGGGUGUAGAAUUACAUCUAUGGUUAUAAUACCUCCGAUUCAAAUUAAAAAAGAAGAUGAAGUGGCUGAAGCUGAAACUGUAGAAAUUGAAGAUGUGGAAGAACCAAUUAAAAAAUCGAAGAAGAAAAAGAGGACUUCACAAAUUGUUGAUGAAAGCAGUAUACAACAAGUUGAAGAAAAUACUUCACCAGCCAAAAAGAAAAAGAAAAUAAAGUUUAGUAAAAACAGUUAAUUUAAUAUUAUUUUUGUUAAUAUGUUUAAGUAAAAAUAAAAGUGAAUUAUUUUUUUUCUAAUAA